AGAAUGUGGAAGUACGUUAUCUUCUUCAGCACUGCAUCUAUCUUUGUUUGCCAUGCCAAGACACUGAGUAAUGUAGACAAGGUUGAGCGACCAGAGGAGCUGGAAAGUGAAGGUACUUUUGAAUCUGAUAUGAAGUUAACGUUAGAGCAGCGUACUCAAAUUGAGAAACAGAUAGAAGCACAAACAAACCGAUUGGAAACAAGAAAAGCUCAUGCUGACCUGUCUACACGUUGGGAAGAUGGUAUUGUGCCUUAUAGAAUCGAGCCCGAAAGUGCAGGCGACACUGACGUAAUACUAUCAGCAAUUGAACACUGGGAGAGCAAAACUAGUCUUAGAUUUCCACAAUAUAAUGCCGAUGAACAUACAUCUUUCAUAAGCUUCACAAAGCAGGACGGAUGUUGGUCAUAUGUUGGUCAUGUCUUUACUGGAGCCCAGGAAAUUUCUAUUGGAAACGGAUGUGCAUACAUGGGUACUAUUGCGCACGAAAUAGGUCAUGCAAUAGGUUUCUUUCACGAGCAAAGUCGCCCGGACAGAGACGAGUAUGUUGUUAUAAACGAGGAGAAUAUCAUACCCGGUUAUGAGCGUAACUUUCAGAAAUACGACACGGGAACUAUUAAUACGUACCAAGUGCCAUACGACAUUGGAUCUCUGAUGCAUUAUGGUGCGACAUAUUUCACCUCCAAUGGCCUGAACACAAUAGACGCAGUUAAUCCAGACGACCAAGGACUCAUGGGCCAACGUACUGGUCUUAGCGCCGCUGAUAUUCUGUUGGCUAAUACCAUGUAUGCCAGUCCAGGAGGUAGUUAUUAUUUUUGUUUCCAACACUAA